AUGUAUGUGCGCAACACACCGCCGGUCAUCCGGGCUAUCGAGAACAAGCACGAGUGCCCCUCCAACCCGGAGAGCGGACAUUCACAGGCCGUCAAUCAUAUCUUCGAGCCGACGGCCGAUGGGAAGGCGUACGAGGACAGCAGAUGCCAGGUUGAAUUCGUCAUCCCGGCUUCCUGCAACCCGACCGUCAAGACGUGGAUUCUCCGGAGAAAGUGGGUGAUCUCGGCAGAGACAGGGUUCCGAUUGCUCAGGCAGCAAUGGAAGGCGAAUUGCCGGGGUCCAUUGGUCAUUGUGGUGAAGCCUAGCCAUCUUGCCGGCAAGGAGGACCCGAACUGGAUCGCUCUAGCCAGCUUGUUCCAGGUGCAGGACAACGGUCCCAAUGGAGUCGAGCCAGCUGCUAUGCACAACGACGCGGCCUGGAUCCACAGUGACCCACCGACCCCUGUCUCAGUGGCGUAA